GCUCUUAACCUCAGAAGUCUGGACCGAUACUUUGCUUUCCAGAUUGUCGGUUGUUUGCUAUUUGGCGCAAUGGUUGAUGCUUAUAGCAAUUUAAGUGAUGUUCGUGUUGGAAAUUUUCCAUGGUGUUUGAAGGUUCGUGUGAUUCGUCUUUGGGUGGUCAAAUCCAAUUUAAUUUCUGGGCAAGAAAAUUCAAUUGAGCUUGUGCUUCUUGAUGAAAAGGGAUGCAAGAUACAUGCUACUGUCCGGAGACACUUGAUUCCUUUGUUUAAAGCUGUUAUUAUUGAAGGUGAAGUUUAUACUUUAUCUGCGUUUUCUGUUGUUGAUGCUUAUGGAUUAUGCAGGCCAACUAGGCAUCCUUGUCGGUUGUUUUUUCAUUCUACUACUAUUUUGGAGAAAAUGGUGUGUCGAGCAAUCAAAAUGAAUGGAUUGUCGUUGGUGGACAUUGGCCAAAUUAAUUCUCAUUCAUGUGAUAGUAAUUAUUUAGUUGAUUUUAUGGGGGUAAUGACUGGUAUAUCUUCCCAGAAUGAGUUUCUUAAAGAUGGUCAACGUGUCAAAAUGAUUGUUGUUGAGAUAUCUGAUCACAGAGGUUUCUGUCAUGUUGUUCUGUUUGGCGAAAUUGUUGAUUACUUGGUUCAGAUGAUGACCACUCUCGACGGAGGUCUACCGGUGGUUGUUAUUCAAUUUGCCAAGAUCAGAUUUUUUCGUGGUCGUGUUCUUUUACAGAAUAUUCAAAAUCUAACUAGGAUGUUGUUUAAUCCUCCAGUUGAUGAAUCUGUACUUUUAGGAAGAAGGUUAUCUAAAAUGCGAGGUGGACCUGCAAUGACUGUUCCGUUAAUUGGUCCUCCCGUUAAACCUUCGGUCGUGGUUGAUUUUCUUCGUCUAUAUCCAAAGAAAACUAUUGCUGAGUUGAAAUCUACAUCUGCUGAUGGGCCAUUUAUUGUAUCUGGUGUUGUGGAUGGUUUGGUAAUUGGAGAAGAUUGGUGGUACCCUUCGUGUCGUUGUUCAAAACGUUUAAUAAUUAAUGCUGGAUAUUAUUACUGUAGAGGUUGUUCAAAGCAUGUGUUUGAAUUUGUCCCUAGGUUUCGCGUCAAAAUACAUGUUACCGAUGGCAUUGAUGAUGCCAUGUUUGUUCUUUCUGAUGAUGAUGUCCGUUACCUGACCCGUACCAAGUGUAGCAUUCAGCUUUCAUCAUCCAAGCAGGUUUUGGAAGGAAUUAAUCCACCUAGUGCUUUGAUGAAAAUUGAAGGUUUAAAAUUGUUGUUUAAGAUUGUCAUGGUGUCUUCUUUGAAUCCUAUAUACAAAGGUGCUUUCAAAGUUUCUAGGGUUUGUCUUGAUCCAGAUAUUUUCAAUGCUUUUUCUCUUAAGGGAACACGCCAUACUCCUGCAAAGGUUUAUAGGCCAGUAAUGAGCGAGGUUGUCUAUCCCUCGGGUUUGAUUGAAGAGAUCAAUCAACAUGGGGAAUAUUUAUCAAACAAAAGAUUGUCUGGUUCAUUUGAUAAUACACUUGGGGAGGAAAUUGCAGAUCAUCACAAGCGAUCUAGAGAUUGUUGAGGAAAUUGCAGAUCAUCACAAGCGAUCUAGAGAUUGUUAAAUGUUGUUUGUAACUUUAUUUUUAUUUGAUGUAAUUUUAAUGAUGCUGAGAUGUAGGGUCUAAUGUGUUAAGUACUAAAUAAUUAUGAUUUUGUAAUGUGUCUGACAGAUGACGUUGUUGUUUGCUAUUAUAAAUCAUGUGUUAUAAUUGGUAUUUGUUGCCAGAUUUGUGUAAAUUUAUAUAUAUAUA